UCAUCCACACAAGGUAAAUAAAGCUCAAGAAGUGUAAAUAUGUGCUAAAUUCUACAUUUAUUUGAGAUUUUUCCCCUCAGAAUGGCUGUAAAAUCUCUGGCUCUGUGGCUGCUGAUCGUGGGGACGCUGGCGCCUCAGCUCUGCUGUCAACACUGGUCGUACGGACUGAGCCCAGGAGGGAAGAGGGAAGUGGACGGCCUGUCAGAGACACUGGGCAAUGUCGAUGUGGCGUUUCCUCACAUGGACUCACCCUGCGGCGUUUCAGGCUGUGCAGAGGAGCCACCUUUUGGCCGCGUUUACAGGAUGAAGGGCUUUCUUGUAAGUUUGUUUUCAGUAAGUUUGAUCACCGAUACAUCACUGUCACAGACUUGA